AUGUACGAGCUGCUUGUCUCGUACAGUAUGAUGUCAAAUGACACACCUUCUCUUGAUACUGGCGAUGUCUAUUACGUGUUGGUGGUAGACGCCGGCUCUACGGCGUCCAUGAUCCAUGCUUACAAGUUCUCUCUACCUACAGGCCGACGUAGACAAAAUACCCUGGGAAAGAAAAAUCCAUUGUCAUCUCUAGAAAUGGGCGAGGUGUCUGCCCAAGUGACGUUUGCGUUGAAUCCCGAUGGCAAUUCUAAUCAUUUAUCAAAGGACGAGUUUGUGAGACCUGCUGUCUUUAAUCGUACACUUUACUCUCAUAGUUACCUAGGGCUGGGUAUCGAAGAAGCUCGUUUUGGCACACUUCAGUUGGAAGCUGGUGAUGUCAGGACUGAAAGUUUCAUUUCUGUUUGUCCGAUGAUGGUCCGAUGA